GCGCAAACCCAAGGCAACCUUUAGUUCAGAGUAUCAAUUUUCCAUAUUUAUAUUUUGCGCCAAGGGGCACGAAAAAGAGGGAGGGGACGAAUCGACAUGGCAAUCGAUUGGUUUGAUCAGUUGCGAUUAAUAUUGUGCUCAGCCCUGGCUUGUGUGGGAAUAACCGCGGAUUUGAAGUCCAUGGCUUGGGCAGGCUGGGUUUUUGGCAUAUAUUUUUAUUAUUCAAUAUCAAAGAGUAUCAGACCUCGAGAUACGAGGGGGUCCCACAAAAUGCAUUUAAAACAGGGCAUACUGCAUCAGAUCGGCAAGCUUGAAUCAACUUGAUUUGACUCGCUUUAAUUCCAACUGAAAAGAAAACAUGCAACGUGAAUGAG